AUGCUUGCCACUUUGAGCUCCCUGGUGGAUAAAAUACGGUCUGCAAUCCAGCUCUGGACUCUGCUGCUCACUCUUCUUCCCUUGCUGCUCCUGGCUGACUACCUCAAACACAAACGCCCCAAGAACUACCCUCCAGGACCCCGGCGCCUGCCAUUUGUGGGCAACUUGUUCCAGUUUGAUUUAGUUGUGUCAUAUCUGCAUUUGGGGAUCCAGCCGUUUGUGAAGAAAUAUGGAAACCUAAUUAGUCUUGAUUUUGGUAACAUCUCUUCAGUGAUUAUAACUGGACUUCCCUUAAUCAAAGAAGUUUGCACUGACAUGGAACAAAACUUUUUGAAACGCCCCAGGAUACCUAGCAGGGAACAUGUGUUUAAAGACAAUGGAAUUGUUUUUUCUAGUGGCCAGACAUGGAAGGAGCAAAGAAGGUUUGCACUGACGAUACUCAAGAAUUUUGGUUUAGGGAAGAAGAGCUUAGAGCAGCGCAUACAGGAAGAGGCCCAGCAUCUUGUGAAGGUCAUAGAAGAGGAGAAAGGACAGCCUUUUGACCCUCACUUUAGGAUCAACAAUGCAGUUUCCAAUAUCAUUUGCUCCAUCACCUUUGGGGAGCGCUUUGAGUAUGAGGACAGUCAGUUUCAGGAACUAAUGAAGUUAAUAGAUGCGACCUUGUGUUCUGCAGCAUCAGUGACGUUAGUGCUCUACAAUGCCUUUCCAUCCAUAUUUAAAUAUCUUCCUGGACCACAUCAAACAGAUUUCAGAAACUGGGAAAAACUGAAAAUGAUUGUGGGAAGUAUAAUUGAUAGUCACCGAAAAGAUUGGAAUCCUGAUGAGCCAAGAGACUUCAUUGAUGCUUUCCUUAAAGAAAUGACAAAGUACCCAGAUAAGACUACUACAAGUUUCAAUGAAGAAAACCUCAUCUGCAGCACUCUGGACCUCUUCCUUGCUGGAACAGAGACAACAUCCACAACACUGCGCUGGGCUCUGCUCUACAUGGCCCUCUACCCAGAAGUCCAAGAAAAAGUACACACUGAGAUUGAUGGAGUGAUUGGACAAUGGAGGCAGCCAAGCACAGAUGACAGAGACUCUAUGCCCUACACAAAUGCUGUCGUCCACGAGGUGCAGAGGAUGGGCAACAUCAUACCCUUGAGUAUUCCCAGGGAAGUGACAGCUGAUACCACUUUGGCAGGAUUCCACCUGCCUAAGGGCAAGAUGAUCCUCAUCAAUUUGACUGCUCUGCACAGAGACCCCAAAGAGUGGGCCACUCCAGACACCUUCAAUCCAGAGCACUUUUUGGAGAAUGGACACUUUAAGAUGAGAGAAUCUUUUCUGCCAUUCUCAAUGGGAAAGAGAGCUUGCCCCGGAGAACACCUGGCCAGAACUGAGCUGUUCAUUUUCUUCACUACUCUUUUGCAAAAAUUUACCUUCAAGCCCCCAGUCAAUGAGAAGCUGAGCCUGAAGAUCAGAAUGGGCCUAAGCCUUACCCCAGUAAGCCACCGUAUCUGUGCUGUCCCUAGGCUGUGA